AUGAGAUUCGUCAGAGAGCGUCUUGAAGUCGUUACCUGUUACAUUCCUUUCAAUGGUGAGGCGGUUGGUGAUAACACUUCUCAAAGUUUACAGAAGACUCCUGGUAAGAACCAUUAUCCAUCCAAUGCUUGCUUUAACGUUUUUUGGUAUCAACAACCAACAUGGACACCACCUUUCUGCAAGUAUCUAAUAGAAUAUUAUGAUACUCUCAAAUCAUUACCAAGUGCUUCGGAAGGUGCUAGUGCUGUUGUUAGAUUAAGUUCCACGAGGCAAACUGGUAACAACUCUUUUGUUCGAAGUUCAGGCUCUGGAUUUUACCUUCUUCCCAACACAAUUAUUACAACUAGUCAUGUUGAAGCUGAACUUGAGAGAAUUGGUGGUAAAAUAACUGCAUUCAGCAAUGCAUGGAACAAUAGCAAUUCAACAAUUUUGCCUACCAGGAUCAGAACCUUGCAUUCUGGGAAAACUAUCAAAGAUUCCCAAUUGGGUAAUUUAUUUCCGGUCACUUAUAGUUGGGUUGGAAGAGAUCCUAUCACUACCAAAGUAGGAGACUUUGAUUACUUUGAUGUCACCGCAAUGGACUUUACUACUGGUUCUCUUGGUAAUAAGGUUUUUUUCAUUCCUUCUCCAAGAAUUUUGCAACCUAAUGAUGAAAUUAUUUCUCUUUCUUAUCCAGGAGACAAGCAUCAACAACCUCCUUAUUCUAGUAGCCUUACUUAUGUUGAUUGGGCUCCAAGUGAAUCCUUUUUGAAGGACAAUAUCUUUAAUGGCUACGGAAAGUUAUGUGCAAGUGUUGGGACGAUUAUGCACCCAUACAAAUUGUCAGAAAAUGGAUUUGUAGAAAAAGAUGAAAACUUUCGUUACGAUUCGUCUAAUCAAGAAUGUUUGGCAAGCUCUGAAUGCUUAAUAUAUGGAAGUUCUGGUGGUGUUAUGAUUUCAAAAUUCUCACAAGUGUAUCAAAUUGGAGAGUAUACAUUAGUUGAGUUUAAUGCUAUCCACACUGGUGGAGAGUUUGUUCGAUGUUCAGAUUGUUUGAAAGAAAGUUCAUCUGCUUACAUAAUUUCUCCACCAGAUUCUUGGAGAUUGUGUGGAACUUGUGUUAAUAAUGUAAACAUUUCUUUCAAUAAUGCAAUUACAUACUCUACAAGUAUUUCAGUUCAUUCAAAGCCAUUUGUUGAAUUUUAUUCAAGUGUUAUUCUUCCACAACUUUGUAAACUUCCACUCACAACAAUUCCUGAUUCACUUAUUGAAUACUGUCAAAUGCAUCAAAUUAAUAUCAAAUAA